AUGGAUGAUCUCAUCCGUUUCGAGGCGGAGUGCAGGAGACACAUAGUUGUGGUUGAAAAAGGCACAGCUCAGUCUCAUCUGUUUUCCUUUCUUCGACUGGCGGGAGAUCUCAUGGGGGAGGCCAAGCGGAGCCACUACCUGAACGCAUUGCACAUCUUGUGGCAGCUCUUUCCGCUCCUGCGUUUGUACGCAGGCUUCCUUGAACGCAAAAAGGCAACGCUGGUGGAGUCUGCUAGUGCGCUGUGCAGCGAGCGGGAGACAAGGGCCGUGAAGAGCGACGCCGUGGAUUCGCCCCCGGCACAGUGGAUGGCUCUCUCUGCAGAGAAGGCAAACAUGCUGUCGAAUCUGCGGGACCCAUGCAAGACACUUUACCAAGAGUAUGCCUUGGUUCGUCUCCAGCUGCUUGCCACGUUUAGCUUGGAGCUUGCCCGGGUGCAGAAGGAGUUGAUUUUUGCCAUACACGCCGAGAGGUUUGGAGAAAGUGGGCACCCAUUUGCCUCCCUUUCCACGCGCGCCGCCACACCGGGGCUGGGCUGGGCUCCAGAGCACAGUUAUGGUCUGGUCGUUAGCGAUGGUUGCUUGGUGCGGCGUGGCGGGCACAGGGUGAAGGAGCGCUACUAUCAAGUGCGCGUCAUCCAGUCCCUGCCCCCUGCCCUUCCUCGCGUCGUUGCCGGCGACGUUAUCCUCGCUAUUAAUGGGCGCUCCGUCGCCACACUCGAGGGUGCCCGGUUGGAGUUGCGGGGACGCCCCAAGACCCUGCAGCUUCUUCUUUUACGCGAGCAAAGAGCUGUUUCAGCUAUCGUCACCCUCUAG